AUGCGCGGCGGCGCCAGGUCGUGCCACCGCUUCUACCGCUGGCUCGUUCUCCGCAACUCGUUCUCUUCCCCGCCUGACCUCCUCCCCGCUCUCACCCCUCGCUCCGUUCAUCCUUCCGCUCCUCCGCCGCUCUUCCCGCCGAUUCCGCGCACCGUCUUUGCGGCCUCUACUAGCCCCGGCUUUGAGGCGUCGCAUAAACCGACGCCGUCGCGCACCGCCUUUCCCUCAAGUACCGCAUCCCAGCCGCCCACGUGGAUCGCCGGACACGUCAGCAACAACGACUACAUCCCGGGAGCGGCCGUUUAUAAUCUCAGGAACCUCAAAAAUGCCACCUGCGGCGCCGGAGGAGGCGGCUAUGAUCGGCGGUACGGCGGAAAGCAGCAGGCGCGCGGAUAUGCGCAGCAGACAAGGGGAGGGCGGCCGCGCACGCCCAUGGCGGUGCCGUUUCAGGUUACACCUGAGGAGGCCCGGGCUCUGUUGCGAGAACACCUGACGGGACACCUGCUGGCGCCCGCCAUUGCUGACGUGGACUCGUCUGUGGCUCUUAGUGCCGUGUUCCAGCCGUUCUGGACCUUCACUGCUGACGUGGAAGUGGCGUACAGGGCGAAUGUGGGGAAGGCGUCAUCUGCCAUGGCGUGGAACCCUUACAGCCGGCGAUGGGAGCAGGUGAGUCACGAAGAUGGGGGGGAGAGGGCUGUAACAGGAGGGAGAGAGGAGAGACGCCAUGGCAGGAGGGGAAUGGCAGGAGCAGAAUGGCGCGAGGGUGGGGAGCAUGAGGAGCAGCAGGAGGCGAGAGAGGGGAUUGGGGGGAUAGGGGGAGGAUGGGGGGAGGGAAGGAGAAGUCUGAUCGUGUCCGCUCUCCUUCUGUUCCCAUCGGCCACUCUCCUGCUCGUGUCCGCUCUCCUUCUGUUCCCAUCGGCCACUCUCCUGCUCGUGUCCGCUCUCCUUCUGUUCCCAUCGGCCACUCUCCUGCUCGUGUCCGCUCUCCUUCUGUUCCCAUCGGCCACUCUCCUGCUCGUGUCCGCUCUCCUUCUGUUCCCAUCGGCCACUCUCCUGCUCGUGUCCGCUCUCCUUCUGUUCCCAUCGGCCACUCUCCUGCUCGUGUCCGCUCUCCUUCUGUUCCCAUCAGCCACUCUCCUGCUCGUGUCCGCUCUCCUUCUGUUCCCAUCGGCCACUCUCCUGCUCGUGUCCGCUCUCCUUCUGUUCCCAUCGGCCACUCUCCUGCUCGUGUCCGCUCUCCUUCUGUUCCCAUCGGCCACUCUCCUGCUCGUGUCCGCUCUCCUUCUGUUCCCAUCGGCCACUCUCCUGCUCGUGUCCGCUCUCCUUCUGUUCCCAUCGGCCACUCUCCUGCUCGUGUCCGCUCCCUCUGUCUUCCACCCUCUCUCCCCUGCACCGUCUCGUCCCUCCGCCCUCUUUUCCCUCCGCCCUCUUUUCCCUCCACCCUCUCUCCCCUCCACCCUCUCUUCCCUCCACCUUCUCUCUCGUUCCCUCACUCCCUCCUCCGACUCCCCCUCCAUCGCCUUCUCCCCACCAAUCCCACCACACAGUGUGGCAGACCACCUCUCUUGGUCCCCUCCCUUCAAGAUUCUAUUUUACCUCUUUCCGUCUCCCUUUCUACCCCCCUCUCCCCACCACUUCCCCCCUCCCUCCCCCUCUCCCCCCUCCCCCUCUCCCCCCUUCCUCUCCCCUCCCUCCCACCAGCACCGCCACACCGUAUGGCAGGCCACCCCCUGGCUCUCUCACCCCUUCUUCCCUGCUCACCCCUUCUUCCCUGCUCACCCCUUCUUCCCUGCUCACCCCUUCUUCCCUGCUCACCCAUUCUUCCCUGCUCACCCCUUCUUUCCUGCUCACCCAUUCUUCCCUGCUCACCCCUUCUUCCCUGCUCACCCCUUCUUCCCUGCUCACCCCUUCUUCCCUGCUCACCCCUUCUUCCCUGCUCACCCCUUCUUCCCUGCUCACCCAUUCUUCCCUGCUCACCCCUUCUUCCCUGCUCACCCAUUCUUCCCUGCUCACCCCUUCUUCCCUGCUCACCCCUUCUUCCCUGCUCACCCCUUCUUCCCUGCUCACCCCUUCUUCCCUGCUCACCCCUUCUUCCUUGCUCACCCCUUCUUCCCUGCUCACCCAUUCUUCCCUGCUCACCCAUUCUUCCCUGCUCACCCCUUCGUCCCUGCUCUCCCAUUCUUCCCUGCUCACCCAUUCUUCCCUGCUCACCCAUUCUUCCCUGCUCACCCCUUCUUCCCUGCUCAACCCUUCUUCCCUGCUCACCCCUUCUUCCCUGCUCACCCCUUCUUCCCUGCUCACCCCUUCUUCCCUGCUCACCCCUUCUUCCCUGCUCACCCCUUCUUCCCUGCUCAACCCUUCUUCCCUGCUCACCCAUUCUUCCCUGCUCACCCCUUCUUCCCUGCUCACCCCUUCUUCCGUGCUCACCCCUUCUUCCCUGCUCACCCCUUCGUCCCUGCUCACCCCUUCUUCCCUGCUCACCCAUUCUUCCCUGCUCACCCCUUCUUCCCUGCUCACCCAUUCUUCCCUGCUCACCCCUUCUUCCCUGCUCACCCCUUCUUCCCUGCUCACCCCUUCUUCCCUGCUCACCCCUUCUUCCCUGCUCACCCCUUCUUCCCUGCUCACCCAUUCUUCCCUGCUCACCCCUUCUUCCCUGCUCACCCAUUCUUCCCUGCUCACCCAUUCUUCCCUGCUCACCCAUUCUUCCCUGCUCACCCAUUCUUCCCUGCUCACCCCUUCUUCCCUGCUCACCCAUUCUUCCCUGCUCGCCCCUUCUUCCCUGCUCACCCCUUCUUCCCUGCUCACCCCUUCUUCCCUGCUCAACCCUUCUUCCGUGCUCACCCCUUCCUCCCACCAGCAUCGCCUCUCCCAUCACCUUCCUCCCCACGCCUCUCCCAUCACCUUCCUCCCACCAGCAUCGCCACACCGCCUGGCAGGCCACCCUUUGGCUCUCUCGCCCUUAUAGGAUCUUUCAACUUUGCCCUUUCGCGUUUCGAUCCCCUCCCCACUCUGCUUGACUUGCUUUCCCUCCCCACUCUGCUUGACUUGCUUUCCCUCCCCACUCUGCUUGACUUGCUUUCCCUCCCCACUCUUCACUUGAAACGCUCUUUAACCUUUCUUUUCCUCCUUCUUUUCCUCCUUCUUUUCCUCCUUCUUUUCCUCCUUCUUUUCCUCCUUCUUUUCCUCCUUCUUUUCCUCCUUCUUUUCCUCCUUCUUUUCCUCCUUCUUUUCCUCCUUCUUUUCCUCCUUCUUUUCCUCCUUCUUUUCCUCCUUGUUUUCCUCCUUGUUUUCCUCCUUCUUUUCCUCCUUCUUUUCGUCCCUAAACUGUGUCUCCCCCUUCCCGUUUUCUUCCGUCGCCUCCUCUUCCCUUCCUCCCCCCCGCUUUCCCUCGUCUUCUCUCCGUCUGCCCUGCAGUCUGGCGCAAUUGCUGGCAGGCUGCGCAAUCAACUACCAACCAUCUCUCAACAAUCCCAUUCUCGUCUUCCCUUCCCCUUUUUACCCUCACGAUUCCUCCGCUUCUUUGCUCAGCCUCCCUCGCUCCCUGGCGCAAGUGCUAGCUGGCGAUGCAAUCAAGCAUGCGACCCCGCUGACCGAUCGCAUGCUGACACCUGGCAGACAGCUGGAGCUCUUCACCGUCUCCAGCGCUAUGAAGCGGAGCAAGUGAGAGAUCUGGACAUUCAUCUCACCGUGCACUCCGUGUCUGCCAAGGUGCGCUCUCUCCCUUGCCCUCCUUCCCACUCUCUCUGGCGCCACACGGCUGUCAUCGCCGCCACGUCAGCACCAUCCACCGCGCCGGCUGUCGCCGCAGACCGCCUCUUCUCCCAACCGAAAUCCACGCUGGCAGCAGCAGCCGCAUUGACAGCUGGCGCCGCGCUACUGGACCUGGUCCUCCUGGGGGGCGGCGUGCCUUGGCUUUUCCACCCGGCGUCGACCGCUUGGUGGAUGACAGUUGGCGCGCUCUCAUUGGCCGCUGGGUGGCUUGCCAGGGUGUCCCCUCGGCUCGCUGUGAUUCGUCGGGGCGUGCAGCACGCUAGGGAGGUAGCUGAGGUGGCAACAGGAGGAGGGGGGCUGUGGGGGGAAGGAGGAGGGAUGGAGGAGGAGGAGGUGGGGGAAGAGGAGGGGGGUGUGUUCGGCAGGGCAGAGAGGGGAGAGGCAAGAGGGCGAGGGGCAGGAGGAGGUGAAAGGCGUGAGAGUCCAUUUGAGAACCCGUUUGAUGGAUUUCCAGGGUUCGGCAACUUCCGGGUCUUUCGCCGAGCCUUUGUGAGUCCGGAGGACGUGUGGAGGGAGUUUGAGCGCAUGGCUCGGGGAGGAGCCUCAUCCUGGCCUGGACGGCAGGCGAGUCAGCAGGAGAUCAAAUCUGCGUUCCGCCAGCUGGCGAUGGAGACGCACCCUGACAGGCAGCCUGACGAGGGCAAGAGGCGGGCAGCGGAGGAGCGGUUUAAGAGGAUUGCAGAGGCGUAUGAGGUGCUAAGGGAUCCCGGCAAGCGCAGUGCGUAUGACAGCGGUGCACUGUGA